UUACAGAGGUCGUAGCCUUGGCCACGGACAGACGUAUGUGUACACAAUUUACAUCACGUGUACGGAGGGGACAGCGCCUUAGCCACGGACAGACGUAUGAAGUAUGAACCUCCACUCCACUCUCAAGAGUAUCACUUGCCAUCGCGUCGGGUAAUCUGGUUCUCCAUUAUUCAAUCCAUGUACAUUUUCUCAUCGAAUUCUCACAAUUUCUUUGCUCAAAUUUGUCUAUAGCGUCUGCGAAGAUGGAAACCGCAAAGAAUUCCAACCGGCAGCCGGAGGUGCUCUGGGCUCAGCGUUCCGGUAAGGUCUACCUGACAAUCUCUUUGCCGGAUGCCAAAGACGUUUCCAUCACGCCAGAGUCGACUGGACUCUUCGCAUUCUCCGCCGUCGGCGCACACGGAGAACCAUUCUCCUUCACUCUUCACCUCUUCGGCAACAUUCUCCCUCAGGCUUGUAAGACAAAAAUUAGUUUGAGGAACAUUCGGUGCUCAAUUCAGAAGGACCAGAAGUCUUGGUGGCCAAGGUUAUUGAAGUCUGAAAACAAGCCUGCUCCUUUUAUUAAGGUCGAUUGGAACAAGUUUUGUGAUGAAGACGAUGAAGAGUCUUCUGAUGUGGACAUUGAUGAUGAUUUUGCGUAUACUGGUGAAGAUGAUGAGAGCAGUGAUGAUGGAGGAAUGCUGUAUCUUCCUGACCUGGAGAAAGCUAGAGCGAAUUAUUAAUGCAAUAUGGUGAACCUUCAAGAAGCACAAGUUAGCCAAAUGUAUUUCUUGAGUAUUGUUUUUAAAAAUUUGGCUUGCCUAACAAAUUAUUAGUAGGUGAUGUUUUGGGUCCUAUAUACAUAUAUGGGUAUGUAUAUGUUUACCUCACCCUCUCCACUAUAUAUAAGCUCUCUGACUUGACAAGCUUACACUGGCUCCCCGCAGCCCGUUGGGCAGCAAUUUGAAUAGGGGGUAUGCUCUCAAAAGCUGCGGCUUUAUGUGAUCAGCUCUUCAUGCAGUUAGUCAAAUAGUCCAUAUUUUUCUUAAAAAAAGAGUUGGGAAAUACGAGUCGCAGACUCACAGAGUAUUACAUGUAUUGGUGGACAUUCAACAUGAAAAAUGACAAGAGCCGGAUGUGGAGCCAAAUGUGGAGGCGUAUAAGCAUGGAGAAUGAAUGGGUAAUAAAUAAAAAUGACAUAAAAAUGGCUUGUGGAAGUUAGUGAAAUUUUAAUGAGUUUACUCAUUAAUUGUUUUUUCUUGAGGAAAGAAACUUGAUUCAUUAAAAUUCAAACAUAGAUUACAAUAGUUGAAGUGUUGAAGUGUUGAACUAUAGCCAUUGGCUUGAAAGAGAGUGAGUGUGAGACUGAGAAAUGAGAGUGCCUAAAGAGACCUCUGUGAUUGAUGAGCUGAUGGUGUGCAACUCCUUAUUAGUGAUGCUAAUGUUUUUGCUUCAAAAAUGAAAGACUACAAUGAUCAGUUUGACAAGCUACCAACAAGUAACAAAAGAGGUACACCUUGAUAUGUGUCCGGGUACUUCGGGUCUGACCAGCUCAGUAAAAUUUGAAAUACUCCAAACAGUCCUGCUACAUCAAAACUCAAAACUUUGUUUCCCGACGUUAUGUGUUGGGUUCCAAUUUCGUUGGAAACAUUGGGAAUGUGUAAAUGUGUAUAGACACAAGUACUAUAAGCAGUGUCUAUCUAAUAUUCUAAUAUGAAUGAAUGCAGUUGCAACCCAAAGUCCACUACUUUUUUUAUUUCCG